UUGCCAUCGUGUCCAUAUUGUCUUGAGCGUUUGGAUGUGACCGUUACCGGUAUUAUUACUGGCAAGCACGGAUGGCUCGAGAUGCCGUCUGGUUCAAACCGAGCAAAUUGGUGUGCAUGUUGCGAAAAGAUGCUGAUGCCUGCAGCCACUAUGAAGUGUGAACAGUGCGAGGCUAUGCAUACUCGGGAAGCUCCAAUGUGGGUUUGCCUUGUAUGUGGUCAUGUGGGGUGUGGGCGAUACACUAAGGCGGCCUGUGCUAAGCACCAUGCGUUGGAAACUGGACAUAGUCUUUGCGUGGAGGUGUCCAGCGGUCGGAUUUGGGACUAUGAGAGGGACGCAUUUGUGCAUCGACGGCUU